AGUGUCGGACAUUUGUCGAUCGCUCGUAGGUCGGCUCUGCCGCACGGCUCCGACUCCGGGGGUUUUCUGGAAGCGACGGGUCAGAGGGCCCCGCUUUAUUUUUCUUGCUGGUGCGUCUCCUUGCUGCGGGAAAAAAUCUUGGCUCAAGAUUGAUAUCGACGGUUGCCGCUGGUGUGGGUGCCAAGAGUGUGAAAGAAUCUGGUCUCCCCGUUCUCAGCGGCUCCACUUCGUCGCCGAGAAACGCGGAGGGAAACUAGGUUUGGUUGGGGUUUGUGACGGUGCGAGUGCUUUUCUGAUCGCCUUGGAUUUCAGCGAAUGCCGGUAGGCUUGAUCGAGACGGCGGUGCUAGUGCGGCGGAAGUUAUGCGCUUUAGUCCGGGCUAGUCGUGAGGGCUGUGAGUGGUGAGAACAACGCCGACCAGCCGACGCCGAGGGUUUUCGCGACCAGACUCAUGGAUUCUCGUCGCUCGGCGCACCCCGUGGGGUCGACAGACUGCGCUCGCAGGACCCCGGCCCGGAUUUCGAUGCUCUUCUUCCUCCUCGGGACGUUCGCCGGAAUUUUCCUUCUAGCGUCACAAGGGUUUGCCGAGGCGCACAGCAGCCGGUCCAAGCACUACUCUCACCGGUCGAGGUUUUCGGGCCCGAGGGCACCGAGGGCACCAGACCCGCCCGAGCCGUCGCCGUUUUUCGACAACGGCACGUCGCGCAACGUGACCACAAGCGCCGGAAAAGCCGUGUUCCUGCCCUGCAAGGUCCGACAUCUCGGCGACCGAACGGUGUCCUGGAUCCGGCGCCGGGACCUCCACGUGCUGACGGUGGGGCGCUUCACGUACACGUCGGACCAGCGUUUCCAGACCAUCCACAUGGAGAACUCGGACUCGUGGAUGCUGCAGAUCCAGUACCCACAGAAGAAAGACGCCGGCGUCUACGAGUGCCAAGUCAGCACGCUGCCCAAGAUCUCGCGCUUCGUCACCCUCAACGUUAUCGUGAGCAAGGCGAGCAUUCCUGGUGGACCGACGCUCUACCUGAACAGCGGCAGCACGCUCAACCUGACCUGCGAGAUCAUGGAGAGCCCCAUGGCGCCGGACUUUGUCUUCUGGUACCACAACGGACGGGUCAUCAACUACGAGAUCAACAACAGGGGCAUCUCCAUACACACCGAGAAGCUGCCCAAGACCCUGAGCAGGCUUCUCAUCAGCAACGCUCAACCGCAAGACUCGGGAAACUAUUCGUGCGUGCCGUCCAACGCCGAACCCGCCGACAUCACUGUGCACGUGCUCAAUGGGGAAAACCCGGCAGCCAUGCAACACGGCAAGCACACAUCGUCUGCCAGCUGCCGUAGCCCCGCAUGCCUGACCACGCUUGCGGCCGCUGUGCUUCUCUUGGACGUGGCUCUGAGAUGGCGGUGACAUGCACACCCACUUCGAGCGUUCCGCCGCUGAAUCACAAAUCACCUUCGUCAAGACGCGCUCCUAAAAAAAAAUGUUUUUUGUUGGGGUUGCAUAGAAGUCCCCAACUGGUGCCGACAUUCCGUGCACCGGUGUGAUCGACUUGCAGUGAGUGGACCGCACACCUGCGCUCAUGACGUCCUGAACCGGAACCACGUGACACGGGUGACCGGAAGCACCUGCCCGAAGACACGUGACCGCGACGCACGCGCGGGCCCGGAAACACGUCACGUGGCAUUUGACGCUUCUGUCGCGGAAUUCCUAGUUAGAAAGGAUGAGUCGGUCCUUUACGGUCCUUCAAAAAAAAACUCUAGUCAGAUCGUUUGCGUCGAAACGACCUUGGGUGACUUCAAUGUGGAUCGAUGAUCUUUGCGGUCUCCCCAGCCCGUGUAGUGGACUGAGGGAGAGCUCGUGCGUUUAGUGACUCGCCAGACUCUUUUGGGUGCACGGACUUCAAAGGUGGUGAUCACAAAAGACAGUGACGGAGUUUGUGACGCCGUUGCGGUGUUGUAAGUUUGUUCUCGGGCGGUUUUUCUUUUUUUCUUUUUCGUCUUCUGUAUAUAGGAGGGAGGGAUUGUUGAAGCGAUGCUAGGAUGCGACGUACUUGAGUGACUGUUGGAGCGAGACAUACAAGAGCGUGAACAAAGUAACGCCUCCCGUUGGUUUUAGAAGGCGCGGAAUAGUAGAACACCUCAACGGGAUUUCCCAGGAUCUUCAGAUCACUGCUGUCAAACUUCACGGGUUCGUUUUUAUCCCUAAACUAGUCUUGACGGCGCGAGCGCAGUUAUAUACCAUUUAUGUUACAUUGUUAGUAUAUUCGAUGACAUGAAAAACGAUACCAAAUUAUAAUUUUUUAAUGUAUUUUAUAGGGUACUGCUCUGACCGGAGUUUAGGCACGUCUAUUGGGGUUGACCGUUUUAUGAUUGUAAUACACUUACCUCUUGACCGUGAGGGAAUUUUAUGAUUUGAUUUCUUUUAUAUAAUAUUUGUACUUUAUCUAUAAAGUCCUUGCAGCGGUGUGGGGGGCACAGAUGAGCGCGUGUCUUUAUAACAUGCUUUACACGCAUUCAUGUUUCAAGGAACAAACACAUUUUGCAGGGAGACGCCUUGACCUUGGGCCUUUGACAGCGCUGCCUGUGACCUCUAAGAUAAAGUAUACAAGUGUACAGUGUAUCGCAGCGUCAAAUAUAUUUUAAAUUUUGGUUUUAAUAUACAAGCCCCUUGGAGUUUCACUUUAAUGACUGCUGGAGUUUCACUUAAUGCUCGCUUAAUUUUGCUCCCAUUUUUUUCUUUGUGUACCUGGGCGUUAUACUGGUUUUGUUAUUACUGCCAUAGUUACGUAAGUUUCGCAAAUAUUUAUUGCCCUUUAACUUCGUAAAUUAAAACUUUGAAUUAAACUAAUGGGUUUAUAAUUUUAAUAAGAUUGAAAACCGCAAAAAAGGCGCGAACCAAGAAGGGGCACCAACGAUACAAGCGCCCGCUCGUGUCCUUUGUGCCUUUUGUGUCCCUGCCGUUUUUGAGCUUUUCAACAUAAUUUAGUUUGGUAUGUAUACUUUACGUGAACUUUUAAACAUAAACCGGAGAUUACGUGACAUAAAUUGUGUUGUAAGCACCUACGGGACACACACACAAACUAAUUUCGAGAAAAAGAAAAAAAACAAAAACGUAGUGAACAUUUCCCGUUUUACAACGUUGUUACUAUCAACCCGACCACUUGACCGUUGUAAAUAAAAGAAGUUUCUUUCAUCGUUG